ACUUUGGAGUUGACGACGUGCGCGUUACAAACUUGGCCAACAGCUAACAGCUAAAAGCGAGAAGACGUUUUUUAAGCGAACGAACUGAACGAACGAGCGACGGAAAUGAAGUUGGCUAAGAAGUGCUCCACCUACUUGGUGAUAUGCCUGGUGCUGCUGGCUUGUUGCAUGCCGGAAACGGAGGCCACGCGACGCGUGAACCGCGGUCGUCGCACCCUCACCCGCAGAUACUUCAGCGGCCUUGCCAUUCCCGGCUGGGCGCUGAUAGUGUGCAUUGCCCUAGCGGAGCUACUGAUUGGCGGUGCCCUGUACUUCAUCCUAAAGAAAGUGAUCCUGGACAAGGAGCCCGACGACAAGGGCGCUACGUACACGCCCGCCCCCACCACUUACACUCCAGCUCAGACCCAUGACCCGGAGACCGUGACUCCCACGCCCGCUCAAGUGACACCAACGCCCACACACGCCACUGCAAUCGCCUAAUCGCCAUCGGACACUCGCCAUCCGGAAGUGUCAUCCAUAGCUAAUAGUUCUAUUCAAUCCAAUAUAAUCCAGUUCAAAUGCCACCAUAAACAUAGCCAUUUAUAGCCAUUUAAUUAAUGCACAGCGGCUGUAAGUUCUGUGCCCUUUGUUUGCCUUCAUUUUCGAAUAAAAACAUUUGCUGCCAAUGUGGCGCCGACCUAA